CUUCAGACAGACCACCAGUGUUGAGCUCAGAUACUGAAGCUGACUAGAUUUUAUUUAGAGAUUUCAAACAAGCUGAACGGGAGCUUAAAUUUCCGCUAAAGUCUUCCUGUCUCUUGGAUUAGUUUGAAUUUUAGAUGUUUUGAUUUUUGUUGGGAGCAUCUUGUUCCAUACGGUCAUAGAGCUAACACAUCCUCUGUGCUGUUUCACUGUUCUUUCAUUCUCUUUGAAUGCUGAGGUCAGUGGUUGACCCCCAGAAGAGAGGAGGUGAAGUGGUGACAAUGUGGAUUCCCACACCCAGUAUGACUCUCCCUCAGCGGAUGGUGCUGUAUGGGACGUGUGUCGUGGCACUGAUGAACUCUAUAGGCCUUCUGGUGCUCUUGGUCCAGCAGAAUCAGCAGUGUGCCAGGCUGGAGCAGACAGAGGCACGGCUGAUGGAGGUGGAGCAGAGCUCUGUGGUGGAGUUUCUUCAAGAGGUGCCCAGAGGAGCAGCAGGGCUGCGGGCGAGCGUGGGGGAACAGCCACAGUAUCAGUACCAAUACUCCAGGAACAAGAGGAGCAAAGAAGUGGAAAAGGAGCUACAGCAGGAGCUGCAGGAGAUUCGCCAGGAGGAGGGAAAGGAGAUCAGUGAGCAGGAGGCCAGCCAGGAGGUCGGAGAGGAAACCGAGAAGAGGACGAAACACGAGAAGCACAAGCAGCGGCACAGCCAGCACUACCACAAGGCGCACGUGCAGGACGACAUGAUGAUGAUGAUGACAUACUCCAUGGUCCCGAUCAAAGUGCUGAUUGAUAUCUGCAACAGCACCAGGGGAGUCUGCAUAGCUGGCCCUCCAGGUCCGCCGGGUUUGCCUGGUGCAGAUGGCCUGCCUGGACACAAUGGGACUGAUGGCAUCCCAGGACUGAAUGGACUUCCUGGGGCUGAUGGGAAAAGAGGAAGAAAAGGGCCAGCAGGUGAGAAAGGAGAACCAGGAGAAAGAGGGGAGCGAGGAGAGCCGGGCCCACCCGGAGAGAAGAUCCAACCAUCCAAUGAUGCCAUUAUUGAGGGUCGCAUGCUGAAGGAGUACAAAAGCAUUUCCUUCUUCCAGAAGAACAGCAGCGACACCAUAGACGUUAUAAAGUACUAUCAAGGCUGCGGCCACAUCGUUCACAAUGGUUUCUUUUAUUAUCAUGCUGCUGGCACUCCCAGCAUUGCCAAAUUUGACUUCAGCACCAAAAGACUUCAGACUCUCACUAUUGAAAACUCUUUGUACAACAACCUCGCCUACCUGCUCCCCAACUCUAAGACCUACUUCAAGCUGGCAGCAGAUGAGAACGGCCUGUGGCUGAUCUUUGCAUCCAAUGUUGACGAGAGCAUCAUGGUGGCCCAGCUGGACCAGAAGACCUUCUCCGUCACAUCCUACGUGAACACCACCUAUCCUCGCAUCAAAGCCGGCAACGCCUUCAUCGCCUGUGGCGUCCUGUAUGUCACCGACACCAAGGACACCAGAGUCACCUUUGCGUUUGACCUGCUGAAGGGAAAGCCGGUCAAUGUGACCUUUGACCUGAGGUCUGCUGGUGAAGUGCUGGCAAUGCUCUCCUACAGCCCAAAGGACAGACACCUGUAUGUUUGGGACCACAGCUACGUCAGGCUGUAUGUGGUCCACUUCAUCUCUGAUGAGUGAGAAACAUGAUGUGCGAACACGACUGUUACAGUAAAUACUGAGAGCAAAACGCCUGCAGACUUUCAUCUAUUCACUGCAUCUGAAAACUGAUUACUCAAGAGUGACAUACAGUGUGUGUGUCACUGUUUUAAGUAUAUUGUCCUGUGUUACUUUUGUGUUAAGUGAAAUUGUAAUUGACCGUCAAACUAUUUCACUAAAGUAAAUAUGGUUUUGGUUAACAAGACGUUUGCGCUGUUGCCUCACAGCCAGAAGGUCCUGGGUUUGAAUCCGCCACCUGGCCAGGGCCUUUCUGUAUGGAAUUUGCAUGUUUCCCCCAUGUAGUCCAGCUUCUUCCCACAGUCCAAAGACAUCCAGUUAGUGGAGUGAGCUCAACUGGCAAUUAUAAAUUGCCCAUAGGUGUGAAUGUUUGUCUGACUAUCUGUUAGCCCUGCAGCGACUGCUGACCGGUCCAGGGUGUAUCCGUCCUUUCGUGGAAAAAAAAUGUCUGAAUGGAUGGAUGAAGGAAGUGCUGUAUUUACUGUACAUGGAGUUUUCAAAGGACACAAGAUUUACUAAUAGUGUGAAAACUUAUCAUUUUGUAUAAGCUGGCAGUUUAUGCCAAUCAAACCUAUAACUCAACUUUUGUUGCCAUUUGCGUUUUUGCAUGGUGGUCACCACUGCUUGAUUUUUAUACAGAUGCAACUCGUGAUGUCCCUUCCCCCUCUUUCUGUACAUAUAGACAAACCUGCCUUUGUAAGGGAGCAGCACAGCUCUCUGGCUGAACAAGAUAAUAAAAAUAAAAGAAAAAAGAAAAAAAAAAA